UCUACACUGGGCAACAUAUGUAUGUAAACGGCGUUGAAUCGGGCCUAGAGGACGAGCCCAUCAUUCGACUUUGGUCCAAGGUCCAGUCCUCUGUGGAAGGCAGGCGGAAUGCGGGAUAUGUCGAAUCGAAAUACUCCCAUUAUUAACAACCAAACAAAAGAGGGGUUUAGGGUUUGUGGGUAGUCAGCAAUGGAGGGAUUGCAGAAUUUGGUCCGCUCCUUCUCAAAGGACACAAAAUUAGGAUCUCCUACUUCCUUGCCCGAAAUUCCUUACAAGCUUGGCGGAGGAGGAGCUGGAGCUUCUGCCGCUUUGUCCUCUGAUGAUGCCUCUCGAGUUUUAGUCACCAGACCUCUCAGGCAAGCGGUCUCGCUGUGGACGUGUUCAAAACUCUGUGCAAUUUGCUUCGCUGCUGGAAUCGUCGUGGGUUACACACUCAAGCGACGUGUCCGGCGCUGGGCUUCCAGGCUUCUCAAACGAUUAAAAGACGAUUAAUAACAUUAACCCCUCAAAUCCUGUUAAUGUCUUCAUUGUAGUUUUGUCUUUUGCAAUGGCCAUUUUCCUUUCCCCCCGUAGAAUUUCAAACAAAUUGCAACAAACUGUAACCUCUUCUUGAUCCUUAAUGAUCAUUGCUAUUUCACAAUGUAAGAAAAUAUUACAAAAUUUGCAGUAGACAAAAGUUUUACAAUUUGAAUGCUA